AUGGCUGAAGCGACUACCCCUCUGAUGGUUGAUCUGGAUCCCGCAACAGUACCGCUGGAAGACAUCGAUGUCAGCCAACGUGAGUUGUGGUCGCAGAAUAAAAAGUAUCCAUUUUUCAAACGGUUACGCGAUGAAGCGCCAGUACAUUAUUGUAAAGAAAGUGAAUUCGGUCCGUACUGGUCAGUGACGCGUUUUGAAGACAUCAUGGAAGUUGAGCAGAACUGGCAGAGCUUUUCAUCGGAUCCGACUAUUGUGAUACAGGAUCCUGAAGAAGAUUUUGAACUGCCUAUGUUCAUCGCCAUGGAUCCACCCAAACACGAUGAGCAACGUAAAACCGUCCAGGGUGUUGUGGCACCGCGUAAUCUGCAGAAUCUUGAAAGUACAAUUCGCAGCCGUGUACAGACUAUCCUCGAUGAUCUACCCAUCGGUGAGCAGUUCAACUGGGUUGACCGUGUGUCUAUUGAGCUGACCACGCAGAUGCUGGCGACGUUGUUUGAUUUCCCCUUCGAAGACCGCAGAAAACUGACCCGCUGGUCAGAUGUGGCCACGGGUGGCCCGGAGACCGGCAUUGUUGAAAGUGAAGAGCAGCGCCGCGAAGAACUCUACGAGUGCCUGGAAUACUUCACCCGCCUGUGGCAGGAGCGCGAAGGCAGCGGAGAUGGCAACGAUCUGAUUUCCAUGCUGGCCCACGGUGAAGCCACCAAAGACAUGGAUCCGCAGGAAUAUCUCGGCAACCUUGUGCUGCUGAUUGUGGGGGGUAACGACACCACCCGGAACUCAAUUACCGGUGGGGUCAUUGCGCUGAAUGAAAACCCGGGUGAAUACGCCAAGUUGCGCAACAACCCGUCGGUUAUUCCCAACAUGGUGUCUGAAAUCAUUCGCUGGGUAACACCAUUGGCACACAUGCGUCGCACCGCUGUAAAGGACUAUGUCCUGCAGGGUCAGCAGAUUAAAGCGGGUGACAAACUGGUGAUGUGGUAUGCCUCUGGCAACCGUGAUGAACGCGCGAUCGACCGCCCGGAUGAGUUUAUUAUUGAUCGUGCCCGCGCGCGCCAGCACUUGUCUUUUGGCUUUGGCAUCCAUCGCUGUAUGGGAAAUCGUCUGGCGGAAAUGCAGCUGCGUAUUCUGUGGGAAGAAAUUCAGAAGCGGUUCCACAAAAUUGAGAUGGUUGGUGAGCCUGAGCGUAUACCGUCAAAUUUUGUGCAUGGCUUUUCUGAUUUACAGGUUGUCCUGCAUCCGCACUAG